AUGUCCAGUGCCAACGUUGGAGCAAGUCUGAUGAUUCCCAUGAUAUUACGCCCUGGUUCGUCAACUCCAUUUUUUACAGGUUUUCGGGUCCAGUUCUACUUCCCAAUGUAAGAGGCUUUCGACAGUGGACCAAACACCCUCAGAAAUUUGUGGACUCUGCUUCAUUGGAGAUUUUUAAGCAGAGGCUGGAUGUCUUUUCCUGGGGUUGGACUGGAAUUAGCUUUGGGUAAUUCCAACUCUACAAUUCUAUGAUUCUACAAUUCUAUGAUUCUGCACCACAACAAAUUUAAAAUAUGUUUUUUUGGAGAAAGUGUGUAUAAAAAUGUGUAUAUUAGUGAAAAGAACACACAAUAAUCACGCAAGAUUUUAGCUAAGGUUUCUGUUAUGUAAUGAAGCCAUCAAUUCUAUCACGUGGGUGCCACCUUAUCUAAAUUAUAUAAUUUGGUAUUUGAACUAUUGGCAUUAAUGUAUUACAAAUUGGUAUUGUUGUAACAAACCUAUUAAUGGAUUGUAACUGAAAACUAAUAAAAAUUAUUAUCAAAAAAGAAGAAGUAUAUACAGAAGUUUCUUGUGUUUUGACCUGACCAUCGGCCUCUGUGUUGAUUUCUGUUCCUUGUGGCUAAGGAUUCACUUCUGGAAUACUACAAGGGCUACUCAUGUUUUGAGAAAAAAUCCUAUCCCUGACUUUACGAACCCUAAUGUAAAGAGUCCAAAAUACUUAUCCUAAAAGAAGGGCCCCAGUCUGAAAAGUGAUGUGGCAAACCUGGAUAGAGGUUGUGAUCUCAGGGGCCAAAAAGUCAGAGGUGCUCCUGCCUGGGACGUGUCCUGGUCCUCAAGUGGGUUUUGAAGCAGCCGGGUCAUGGCAAAGUGAUGUCUUUGCCCCCAGAAGUGCUCAAUGUCUUAAAGAACUGCCAAGGUGACUGCAGAUCCCAGAAGAAGGUUGCAAGAGAGGCCAUAUUGCGCAUUGAGGCUGCUGCUCAGGCGCAGAACCGACACAGGGAGCCCACCUGUCAAGCUCGCUGCUGCCCCCAAACCCACUCCCAUCAACAAGACACGUCUGUGAUACUGCACUGAAGCUUUAACAGUGGACUUCCUGGGAGUUUAAUGGACUUCCGGGGAGCUGGUCUUUAGGGAUAUCACUGAUGGGGGGUUAGGACGCGGGUCAUUCACACAUCACAGGACACGGGUUUGGGGUGAGGCUUUGGGGGUUUUGGUGACGGUGGACCAAGUUCCAGGAAGGCAGAAGACAAUCUGUGAUGCUGCAGUGAAGUUUUAAUAGAGGAGAAGAAAGGAGGGAACCUUCUCUGUGGUCAAGCAGUUUAAGCGGGAGAAGAAAAAUAAAUAGAUCCCAUUCUGAGAAAAGAUCAUAUUCACUAUUGAGGUGAUACAGAUUGUGAGAAAACAAAAUAUCUCUCAAGAGAGGUGGUCAAGCACAAGGAAGGAAGGAAGGAAGGAAGGAAGGAAGGAAGGAAGGAAGGGUGGUUGGUUCUUCCCAAACUUUCCUUUAAAAAAAAAAAAAUUCCACUGUCAAACAGCUCUUACUACCAGAGUGUUUUUCCUGAUGUUUAGUCGGAAUCUCCUUUGUUGUAACUGGAAUCAAUUAAUUGCAACAGUGAGGGAGGUUGUGUGUCCUAUUUAGCUCUUAAUAUCCUGAAAUUAAAGAGACCAAUUGGACUAUAAUUCAGGGUUUGACCAAGGAUUUUGGCUCUGAGUAGUGAAUGUUCUCCAUCAAUAGAGCUGAAGGAACACAACCUGUUCUACAAUAUGCUGCCUUCUCUGCUUCAACCCUCAAGGCUUUUAAACUCCUGAGCAAGGCUUUUACGUUCCAGAUUCUGCAAAUGACUUUGGCUCACAGCAGCAGUGUGCUUCCAGAGGACUCCAAAACUCACAUAUAGCAAUUCCAACCACAAUAGAUAUUAUCAUUUUGAUUCGGCAAGGCAUUUGAUUCAUCUCAGUCAGAGAUACCCAUUUCCUCAGCCUCACUUUUAGAAACCCAGAUUUAUCUAACUUUUUGGAUUUUCUGCCACCCCCACCAGUUUCCUCCAAAUGCAGUUGGUAAGGAAGGCUUAGGAAUGAGCUGAUCCCCAUUGCUAGAGACAAGAUGAAUUUUGAACUCUGGUUCUGCUCUAUUAAAUGGAUAAAGGUAAAGGGUAAAGGGACCCCUGACCAUUAGGUCCAGUCGUGGCCGACUCUGGGGUUGCGGCGCUCAUCUCGCUUUAUUGGCCGAGGGAGCCGGCGUACAGCUUCUGGGUCAUGUGGCCAGCAGGACUAAGCCGCUUCUGGUGAGCCAGAGCAGCGCACGGAAACACCAUUUACCUUCCCGCUGGAGCGGUACCUAUUUAUCUACUUAAAUCUACCUAGUAGAUCUAUCUACCUAGCCCUAAACACUUAAAGACAACUUACCAAGUGAUGGAGAAGCCGAGUGGCGGAAGAGAGGAGAUGUUUCAAGGCACUGGUGGAAAAGCAUUUUAUACAGUUUCUCUCUGGACUUUUCAGGCAACAGUUUGGCAUGGCGUCACUAAUUUGGCUAAGUAUACCCCGCCUCAGUGGGACGCGGGUGGCGCUGUGGGUAAAACCUGAGCGCCUAGGGCUUGCCGAUCGUAUGGUCGGCGGUUCGAAUCCCCGCGGCGGGGUGAGCUCCCGUCUUCGGUCCCAGCUCCUGCCCACCUAGCAGUUCGAAAGCACCCCUAAGUGCAAGUAGAUAAAUAGGUACCGCUUUAUAGCGGGAAGGUAAACGGCGUUUCCGUGUGCUGCGCUGGUGCUGGCUCGCCAGAGCAGCUUCGGCACGCUGGCCACGUGACCCGGAAGUGUCUCCAGACAGCGCUGGCCCCCGGCCUCUUAAGUGAGAUGGGCGCACAACCCUAGAGUCGGACACGACUGGCCCGUACGGGCAGGGGUACCUUGACCUUUUACCCCACCUCAAUCAAGUCUAGACUUUACCAGAAUGCUCCUGGCCACCCUCCCAGACCAUGUAACCCAAUUCUAAGAUGCUAUCUUUCAUGUCAGGCGACGUCUUGGCUCAGGAAACUGCUUUGCUUUGUUUUGGCUCAGCUUCAUCUUGGAAGUUCUUCGUGUUCCUCUUUAUGGGAUUUGGGGUUCCUCCUUCUCCUCAUGGCCUGUGAAGGCAACCCUGCCCUGGAUGGCCAAGAGGGAGGGAGGGAGCAGUCUGAGGACAAUGAAUGGAAGGCACCUGCCUCUCCUGCUUCAUCUUCCUCACGUUGCCUUCCUCCCACCCUAGGCCCACCGACAAUCACCCGUCCUGGGCACCAGGAGACACGCUCCACCACUGCUCUCGAGGCUUCGGAACAGGAACAAAGCCUUAUUGUGCUGUUGGAGAAAAUGUCUUGAGGGCUUUAAGUGCAAAGGUGGAAUGUUCUGGAGCAGGCUCUUUGCCUUCAGGAGAGUCGGUGGAGAACAUUCCCUACUUGGAGCCAAUUAACUCGCUUUCAUUUCAGGUAAUUAAAAAGCUAAGGACAGCCACCCUGUUGCAAUUAGGAAUUAGGACUAGACGUUAUGGCUUCUAA